AGUUUUCAUUCCAUAGUUGAGCUGGAUAGGUCUCUCACGUCCAGUUCCUAAUUCCCUCAAAAUUUCAUCUAAAAUUUCCGGGUUUUAAAGUUUUGGCUCAAUUUUUUCGGCGAAGAGUUUAAAAUUUCCGAGCUCAAGAAAAUGGUACUGGUUGUGAAGAAUACCUCUCGGCUGCUGCUCCAUCCCAACAAACUAGUGUGCGGUGCGGUGAGCAGCUGUGUGCGAUUCGCAUCCGGUUGUGAGAAGGAAGGGGAGAGCCUCUGUCCCAAGACACUGACAAAGUUCCCCUGCGGCAAGCCCGAGAUCCAGGCACCGCCCGCCAAGAAGCCCAAGCUGAUCAAGACGGAGUCCAUGUGGCUGAAUCCGUUCUGCGAUCCCGAUGACGUCUCAUGCCCAUUUCAGCCUCGCUUCGAUGACAUCUACUACGUGGAAUCGGACAAGGCGAAGCGAAAGUAUUGGCAGACGUGGGUGGCCUGCCCGCCCAUCCAGAUAAAGCCGAAGAAGAUUUGCUGUUUUGCCAAUGCCAAGCCGGCGCCCAUCAAGCGGCGCAAGCCCUCCUUCAAACCCUCCACCGCCUGUCCUCAGCCGUGUCCGGAUAAAUCGAACGACGCGUGUCCACGUCUGGCGCGUCGUUGCCAUCGCGAUGGCCGCGUUCCGCCAUCCUGCAAGAAAGUCCGAGGUCCCCUCCCCUGUGUGAAGCCCCGCACUCCCUAUCCAUCCUUCUCCGAGUGCGAACGCGUCCGACCACACGCCCUGGGAAUGAAGGAGUGCACCUGCUUGGUGAAGCCCAUGCUCUGCGAAAUUUGGGCCGAGUUCCGCCGACAGGCCAUCAACAAGGAGAAGAACUCGAGCAAGAAGUUCUAAGCUUCACCUAAGCGGCUUGAGAUUCUGGAGCUUACUUAAAAUUUUAUUUGUAUAAGGAAAAUAUCAUGUACAUCAUAUAUAUAUUCCCUGAGUUUCUCGAGUGAAACAGCUCGUGUGACCGGCUCAAAACGGAUUCUUGGCCAUGUUCGUCACGAGGGUCCAGAGCAGCGGACUGCAGUCGCUGUAGGUCCGCUCGCAGUCCGCUCCACCGCGUCCCGCAUCCCGGGCGUGCAGAUACUUCCCGGCCACGUUAUCCAAGCUCGGUCUGCGAAACAUAUCCAAUUUCAUCUGUUAAUCGAUUCCAAAUAAAAAUACAUGAAAAACCCUGUACUCACACAA